GGAGGGACUAAACCGUGAGUGACGCUCUGGAUUAACCAAUCACAUGCGUUCGAUUUGGUUCGCCAGCCAAUCAGAGUGCGGCUAGGCUGUCCGGCAGACUUGACUGUGAGGUGAGAGCUGUGAGGGGAAAAAGAAGGAGGAUAUAUUCUUGGUGGGAAAUGUUUGAAUGUACCAAUAUGACAGCUUUUCGGAUUUAAAAUAACACAUCAAUGAACGUCGAGGAAGGAUGAAAGAACGUGAAGAGGGGCGACUUCAGGAAGCUAUGCAGAGACGCACACCUGAGCCCUGCAUGUGUAAAGAUCUGAGGAGGAGAUGAUACCAGAUCCCACAGCUACAGCUGCAUCCAGGUCCUCAGAGCAGAAUAAGAAUUCUCGUGAUGAGGCGAACUCCUCCGGGGCUGUCAACCAUUCAGAGGAUGAGUCGGGGAAUGAGAACAGACAGAAGAGUGUGAGACGAAGAAAAAGACCACACAAGGGCUCAGAGAAUGUCAAGCGCAAAAGUGCCAGAGCCGGUCGCAGCGGCGUUGGCGCAGCAGGAGGCAGCCGCGGCAAACAGAGACAAGUGGAGGCCGUCACCCUGUUCGAGGUGGUCACCAUGGGCAGGAGUGCUAUGCAGGCGGUGAUUGAUGAUUGGAUCGAGGCCUAUGUGACGGACAGAGACUCUUCUCUCCUCGAUCUCAUCAGUUUCUUCAUCCAAUGCUCUGGGUGCAAAGGUGUGGUCACAGCUGAGAUGUGUCAGAGCAAAGAGGACAGUGAAGUCAUGAGUAAGAUGGUGGAGGAGCUGGAUGAGGUCGCUGGUCUGCAGUAUAAGAAGUUUCUGGCCUUUCCGUGGAUCCUCACAGUCACGUGGCCCAUGGACACAGACAGCGUGGAGUAUCCUCUGAUACAAUCUGGACCGUACGGCCGCUGGUUCCACUCUGAGUUCUGCGACUUUGUGUCGGUGCUGGUGGCUCAGUGUCAGCACAGCGUCAUAUUUGACAGUUACCUGAUGAACACCCUCAUUUCGCUGCUCACCGAGCUCUCGGACUCUUACGUACGGGCUUUCAGACACACCUGCACGCUAGCAGCGGUGAAGCUGCUGAGCUCUCUGGUGGGCGUGGCUCUGAGCCUGAGCGUCGGCAUCGAAAACAGUCAGAAACUGUACGAGGUGCAGAAGACAAAGACGAUGAGACAGAAAAGCACCCUGCAGCAGGAGAGAAUGCAGAAGAAGAUCACAGAGCUGCAGGAGAAGAGGGCGGAGAUAGAAAGCAUGAUGGAUGUCAUCUUCAAAGGAAUUUUUCUGAAACGAUAUCGUGAUGUGCUUCCAGAAAUCCGCUCUAUCUGUAUGGAGGAGUUGGGUUUGUGGAUGAAGCUCUACAGUUCUGCAUUUCUCAAUGACAGCUACCUCAAAUACAUGGGCUGGAUGAUGCACGACAAGAUACCAGAUGUGCGUCUCAAGUGUGUGUUAGGUCUACAGGGUUUGUAUGGCGAUCCUCCACUCCUCCCCAAACUGGACCUGUUCACCAGCCGCUUCAAGGACCGGAUGAUCUCCAUGACCCUGGAUAAGGACAAUGAAGUGGCAGUGCAGACCAUGAAACUACUGCUUCUCAUCUCCCAAAUGUCUGACGAUGUGCUCUGUCCAGAGGACUACAAGCAGCUGCUCCAGUUUGUUUACUCUUCACAGCGCCCUCUUGCGGCCACCGCAGGGGAGCUGCUCUUCUCACGGCUUCUCAAAACUGUAGCCCCUGCAUCUGAUACUCAGGAUGAAAUAAAUGAGGAGGAGACACAUAAACAGCAAACAUCUGCCAGACUGAAGGCUCUACUGCAGUUCUUCCAGGAGUCUGAGCUGCACACGCAUGUGGUGUAUCUUGUGGACAGUCUGUGGGACUGUGGGGGAGCCCUGCUGAAGGACUGGCCCACACUCACAUCUAUACUGCUGCAGGACCCGUCCUCACACGGCCCAGGUCUGACUCAGGCAGAAGAAGCGGUGCUCGUAGAGAUCCUGGUAGCUUCGGUGCGUCAGGCCUCAGAGGGACCCUCGCUGGCAGGAAGGAGUGGAGCCAAGAAGGUGAUGAAUGCCAGGGAAAAGAAAAUUCAGACGGAUGACUGUACUAAGCUCACUGAUCAUCUCCUCGUGGUGCUUCCUAAAUUACUGUCCAAGUUUUCAGGUAGUUCUGACAUUGUUGCCUCCCUGAUAAAGAUUCCUCAGCACUUCCUCCCUGAAUGUCCCGAGGCUGACAACACACAGGCGGUAUCCGGCCUGAUGGCAGAGAUGGGAGCUGUUUUGGACCGCCACUCGAGCCCCACUGUUCUGGAGGCUGCAGCCCGCACGUACCUCAGUCUGUGUGGGGAGGAGACGGCCUGGAGCUCCGUAGCCCGGGCCGCCAGAGACUCUCUGGUCCAGCACUGGGUGGACCACCUGACAGCACUGCUUGAAGACUCGCUCACGGGUGAGAGUCAGAGUUUCUCUGCUGACGAGGAGAAGACUGGAGAAAUUCUAGCCACACUGAAGAAACUCCGAGCUUUCCACAACUGUCACGACCUCCUCGGGUGGAACCUGUUUGAGCUGUUGUCUCCCCUCCUGUCAGCGGAGAGCAGCGAGGGAGGAGCACCGCCUGAGGUGCUGCUGGAGGUGCUGCAGUGUCUGUGUUUCUGCAUGCUGUGGUCUCUCAACACCAGUACUGACACUUUAACCUCUAGAGAGAAAGCUGUGGCCCAGAGACUCCAGCUGCGUCUCUUCUGUGAGAGGGGGAAUCGCUGUCUCUCCCACUCCGACCACAGUGUGCAGCAGCAGGCUUUUGUGGGCGUCUGUGACGUUCUGACAGCUCAUUCCUACCAGCUACAGGUGUGGGAUCCCUCCUGCUUUGGUCCACUGCUGUACACACCCAGUCCCAAACUGCAGAGGGCGCUGUGCACCUUCGUGUGCAUGCACAUCUUUGUCGGACCAGACUGUGACGGCCAGAGCGGUGUCAGCGAGAGCUCUGAAGUGGAGAGGCUGGAGGACCUUCACAAGCGAAGAAACCUGCUGGCGGCCUUCUGCAAACUGAUAGUACACGGGGUGCUGGAGAUGAGCAUGGCGGCUGAGGUCUUCAUGUACUACAUGAAGUACCAUAACGACUUUGGAGACAUCAUCAAGGAGACGAUGUACAGGACCAGACAGAUAGAUAAGAUAGAGAGUGCUCGUACACUGGUGCUCUGUUUGCAGCAGCUGUUUGUCCGUCUGAAGCGAGAGCAGGAGAGCGGCGGUAGGACUCACCCAGGAGUCCAAACCUUUACCAGUAUCAAAGAGCUCGCCAGGAGGUUCGCCCUCACCUUCGGGGACCUCGUCAAGUUUCGCGAGUGUGUCGUCAUGAUCCACAGGAACGGCAUAGAGUUUGUGUUCCAAGAGUUUAGUCAAACCCCAGACACACCUACGCCACCGUACCUCUCCUAUCUGACCAUCCUCAGCGAGUUCUCCAGCAAACUCCUCAAACCCGACAAGAAAACGGUGUUCUCCUACCUGCAGAAGCACACGGCAGAGCACAUUAUUGACCUCAGGGAGGAGUGCUGGCAGCCACUUAUCUACUAUCGCGCUUCCCUAUUGGCUGUGGCUGAAGGGGAAGAUGCUGUGUCUUACGUUAGCUCUGACAGGAAGCCGCCCAAUCGCUCUUCGCCCUUCUCCAAACAAAAACUAGAAGGAAGCAAGUCCCCCUGCCCGUUCAGCCCCGUCGACUCUAAACUUAGUAAAGUUCACAGGUCAAGCUUCAGUCCAAGCCAUCAGGAAAAGACGACCGACAUGGAUCCCUUUUCUGUCCCCGUUGAACCUCCUGCAAAGAGAUUGGACACGGAGGGAUCUGUCCUCAGCACCGGCAACGAGGCGGAUGAUGUGGAAGUUGAACUGUAACGAUUUGGAGGCCGGAGGAGAAUCAGUGCUUCUGUCCAGACGACGAGACCAGUCACACUGGACACCACAAACUUUGAGUGAGACGCUUUCCCUUUUUUUUGCGUCUUCUCUGUUCUGAUGCGCAGACAUCCCACCGUCCAUUUUUUUCUACAAUACUGUUUAUACAGGUUUGUAUAAAAUGCAGUACAUUCUGUUUUGUAUGAGGACAUAGUUUUAAAGGAUAAGUUUGCAAUAUUCUGUAUUUUUCUUAUUGUCAACAAAUCCCAUGAAAAGACCAAAACCAGCAAGAAUGUAUCCUAUUAAUUACGUGUGCAGCCAAAGCCUGUAGAGCUGCAAGUAUUCAAUUAAUUGAUUAGUUGUCAAAUAUUAAAUUAAUCUGCAACUAUUUUAAUAAUUGAUUAAUAAUCUUAAUUAUCGAGUAAUUUUUU